AUGUCAGACCGAAAAUCAUAUGCUUUGUAUCUCUUUUUUAUUUCGGAUAGAGAUGUUAUUCUCAGGAGUUAUGAUGAAUAUUAUCAUCAUGAUUUUCAUCAAUACUGUCCCGAUUCAUCGUGUAAAACAAUGUGGGAUACGGUUUAUGGAUAUCCAUAUGUCUACGAGAAUGAUGAAGAAGCGGUGGUGAGAUUAACGAAAGAUCAAUUUGGUAUCGAACUCGAUUUACGAGAAAUCGAAUAUUUAUUCGAUGAUGUGAUGUAUAACAAAUUUUAUAUUUGUGAUACACGAAUGUUUAAUGUUGAUGGAUCAAAAUAUCAGAGAAUCACGUCUCAGAAUUAUUUAAAGUUUGAAGAUAGUGUUGAUUUCUACGUUCAUUUGGCAUUAGGAACGGAUAUAUUUAAAAAAUUAGAUAUAAGAGAGGAGGAGAGAAGGACAAGAGUGGAGAAAUGUGCUCGUAGAUUGAAACGAAUGGGAAUUGAUCAAAGUCUUGUUAUUAAUUAUAAAAAUAGGGUUAGGAAAUCGAGACAUCGAAAGCCUGCUUUAAGCACCAAGACGAGGCAUUCUUUAGGUAAAUUUGUGAAAAUGUCAAUAUCAGCAUAUGAAAAAGGAAAGGAAUUUGAGAAUAAGAUAUAUUCCACCUUGAAUAAAAAUGCGAAAUUUAAUGUUAAUUUGACGAGAAGCGUUCAAGGUGAUGGGGGGGUUGACUUGAUUCUGUUUUAUCAAGAUAUGACUGUUUUUAUUCAAUGUAAAAAUUUUGCAUCGAAGGUUGGUGUGAGUCAUGUGAAAGAAUUUAUAACAACAGUUGAAACAAAUGGGAGUGAAAAAAAAUUGGGUUUAUUGAUAUCAUCCAAUGGUUUUACAAAACCCUGUUACGAUCACGAGAAUCAUAAUUUGAUUCUUCUAACUGAGAGGGACGAUAUAUCGAGAUGUAUUAUUUCUCAUUAUCAGAUGUAUGACUUAUAUGAUAGAAAGAAGGAUUUGAGAUUGAAUGUGAACAUGUUAAAAUUAGACAUACAUAUGAGUGUUGGAUAU